UCAAAUGAGCUUGUCGAGAAGAAGCACGCCAGCAUUUCAAAACAAUAUUUGAGCGGAAGUCUGGCUCUGUCCUCAUGAAAAUGUCGAAAAGGAGCCCCGAUAAAGAUGACCGAACGGCGGCUAGCACAAAGAACAUCUCCCUUCCUAUUUCUAGAGUUCGGCUGAUCAUGAAGAGCUCGCCGGAUGUGUGUAAUAUUAACCAGGACGCUCUUUUUCUCACCACCAAGGCAACGGAGCUGUUUGUGCAGCACUUGGCGCUGUGCUCCUUCAACCAUGGCCUCGGCAAGGAAAGCAAUAGCCUGUCGUACAGUGACCUAGCUAAUACUGCAGAGGAGACGGAAACCUUCCACUUUCUAACAGAUAUCCUACCCAAGAAGAUCCUGGCUCGCGAUUACCUCAAGUCUUUGGAGGAGAUGCAACAGGAAGAAGAAGCUGCUGACUUCUAAACAAAUCACUGAACUUCCCACCCCAAAAGACUGAAAAGUCCUGUUGACUAGCGGUGUUAGCCAUUAAAGCCACAAAGGAGUACUAUGAUACCACCUGAAAUAUCAAAGGAGUACUUCUGUGGCAGGGAUACAAAGAUAGUGCUAGCCCGUUGACUUGAUCGCUUCUUCAAAGAUUUAGUGCAGAAAUGUUGAUGUCGUGUCCCGGUCCACAUGUGCAACCUCAAAACACUGUUUUAGUGUUGGACAGUGUUUGUAAAAGAAAUACCUCUCCUUGUGUAGUAGCUGCGCUGCCUGCUUGUCCACCUCUUUACUUCUUGGAAACUUGCUCAUUAAAUCAUUUCACAACAAGAAUACUGCCUGGAGG